AUGUCUGGUUGGGGAUCCUGGAUCAAAGGCGACGCUGCCUCUGGUGCAGCUGGUGGCGCCGCAACUGCUUCUGGAAGCAACUUCCACGCCAUCACCGACACGGUCGCUCAAGACGCCCUCUUUGGUCCCCUCGAAGCCUCAGAUCUGGAAUGGACCUGUGCCGGUGGAUUCACCACCGAGACUCAGACCUGGUACUCUGUGCUAGACGAUGGCUCCUUUGCCACUUCGCAAAUCAUUCACUCGGCCGUUGGUCUCUGGUAUCCUCAGGUUCAAAUGACGUUCAAGUACUUCAACCCAAAGACCGGUAAAAGAAUUUGGAAGUCGGUCAACGUGACCAAGUUCGCCGCCCAGAACGACAAGCGUUCUAGCAAAGCCGCCGAGUUCAGCGUCGACUUUACCACCACCGACGCCGGCGACGACCGAUACUCUAUCACGGCCAACCUGGGCAAGGAUCUACAGCUCUCUUGGUCCUUCACCCGACCUUCUGCCGUCAAAGGCUGGAAGCUCGGCUCGGGUCCCAAGGGCGGCUUCAGCUACUUUGGCUCCAACCUCGGUAGUCCUGAAGGCUACGUCAUCCACCGUUUCUGGCCUGUGGCAGAGAGCGAUGGACACAUCAUCUCGCAAGGCAGUGCCAUCGAUGCCAAGGGCAAAGGUAUGUUUGUUCAUGCCAUCCAAGGUAUGCGUCCCAAUUUGGUAGCUGCCAAGUGGAACUUUGCCAACUUCCAAGCCCACCACGAAAAGCUCGGAAGGGUGAGCGGUGUCAUGAUGGAGUUCACCACCACGCCGGAUUAUGGCAGCGUCGAUCAGGCAGCCGCGCAGCAACAGCGUCAGUCGCUCACGGUCAACAUCGGAUCCAUCGUUGCCGAGGGUAAGCUCGUCUGUGUCACCGCUGCCACCCGUGCCGCAGGUGCAGCAGACUCGCAACCCAGCCAUCAAAGCAAUUCGUACGUCAAGCAUCUCGAUAAGAUGCUGGACCAGGAGACGGACUACCAAGCUCCGCAGUCGAUCGAGUACCACUGGCAAGGACCGCUGCUCGACGCUUCGACAGGCAAAGGUGACAUAGCAAACCACGUGGACGCUUCGCUCAAGGUGGACCUCGGCAAACCAUACCCUUCGAGCGAGACGCACGGUCUGGUCGACAAGGUGGAUGUGUUGGCCGAGAUCCCAUAUAUGGUGCGCAAGCUGGUCAACUACGUGGCCGGUACCAAGCCGUUCAUCUACCAGACGUUGAAUGACGCUACACUGACGAUCAAAUUGCCAGAAUCGUACAGCGGUGCUGGAAAAGGCGAGGCCACCGAGGUUAAGGGCACGCUGUUUGAGGAACAUACUUUCAUCAGUGGUUAG